UGCAACACGCACGCAUUAACGACAAAAUUGACAAUUUGUGCGCCCUCCUGCCGUCUGCAGUCAGACCAGCGAACGACGGUGCCCGGUCCACAUAUAUCCACAUAUAUUAAGAUGUCCCGUCCUUGUCUACUGCUGCUGCUGGCAGCGUGUCUAGUCCACAGCUCCUACGGCCAUGCACGCACGUUCACGCGUUGCCAGCUAUCACGGGAGCUACUGCGGUACAACUUCCCAAGGAGCCUUAUAGCGCAAUGGGUAUGCGUGAUCGAGCAUGCGAGUGGCCGGACGACGGAAAAAGUGACCAACCACAACAACGCUUACAUUAGCUAUGGACUGUUCCAAAUCAACAACAAAGAUUGGUGCAAGAAGGGCCGUAAAGGAGGUCACUGCAACAUGAAGUGUGAAGAUCUCCUGAACGAAGACCUAGCGGACGACGUGCGAUGCGCCAAGCGGAUCUACGACCGCGUCGGCUUCAAGGCGUGGCCCACCUCCUACGCCUACUGCAAGGAAAAGAGCCUGCCCGACCUGUCGCGCUGCUAACUUUUCAUAUUCCAGCUACUUCUCACAUUCGUUGAGCUGUCAGUUCCAUGGAAAGGGAGGUAGCAACGUUAAGCUGUACGGGAUUUCGAGAGGAGUGUGCCAAACCACCUCUUUCGCCUGUUGUAAGGAAAAGAGGCUGUCCGCGCUGCUAAUUUUUCGUGUUCUAGUUACUUCUCUUAUCCGUUUAACUGUCAGUUCCAUGGAGCGUGAAGACAAACGUUCGUUCUACUCUGAUUGGGAAGCAAAGUUCGAGACGGGUGGACCAAACGUGAAAUAUUUAAGAAGGAAAAUUUAA